AUGCUACUUGAAGUCUUUUCUGUGUUCUUAGAUCUCAAUACAAAACUCAGCAAAGAGUUAGCUGAAGAUGCCAAGCAAUACGGUGUGGAUUUAUUCAUUAUGGUUGACAAUAAUGACGUUAAUAUUUCUACCAUAAACGUCUCUUCAAAUAUUCGACUACUGCAAAUUUCACGAGAGAAAUGUCUUCAACAUAAUUACCAUAAAGCCAUUAACACUGGAGGUACCUGGCGAUAUAUUACAUCAUGGGACAAAUCUCUUCUCUAUUUCUGUUUACUCAAUCGAAACUAUUCAUUUGUUUGGUUAUUAGAAGAAGAUGUUUUCAUUCCAAACGUCCAAGUAUUUCGCUCACUUCAUGAAUUAUAUUCGAAAACGACUGAUUUGGUCGUUCCUCAUCAUACACUCAAUUUGAUCGCAGCGGACGGCUUAUGGCGAUGGGCAAUGGCAUCGGGCAAGUUCCUUCCACCUUGGGCAUGUUCGAUGGUCAAUGGUAUUGGAUUUAGUCAGCGAAUGCUUUUAGCUAUCGAUAAUUACAUUCAAUGGUUUGGUGAAAUACCAUUUCAUGAAUUUUUCUUCAAUACAUUAGCAGUGCAAUUAAAUUUUACAAUUGUCGUUCCAACUGAACUGAAUACUAUCGAAUAUGCAACACCGUACUUUUACAGAGAUGUACGUCAACAACCGAAUAACAUGUGGCAUCCGAUUAAAGAUUAUCCUUUGGGAAAAACGUGGCGAAGAAGUUUAGCUAAUGAAAGUUUGACAUAUAAUUAUACUUUUGAUUUGACUCAUCUACAGAUGUUGUGCAACGGAAAUCGAAAGACAACAAAUCUCGAUCAGUAUUUCAACGAGACAUUCGUGCACUUCGAAUCAAUCAAAGGGAAUUUCUCGACCGAUACUCGUCGUUCGUGGCGCCAACGUUUUUCUGAUCUUGCUCAAGAAUGUCAAAAACAAAACGUAUCUCAGGAAAUCGUAUCCUUCAUAAUGAAACUUGCUGAUCACGCUUAUAAAUUACCUGAACCUCCAGUGCCGGCGUUAGUGACAAGAAAAAGUGAACUUCACAUACAUUUAGAACAAGAGAUAAACGAAACAAAACGCGCUAUCUAUAAGUUUACAACCAAUGGAACGACCGUUACCGAGCUGCGAAAUAAAAUAGUUGAAUUAAUCAAGAAAUUGACAGUCGAAAUGCGCCGAGAAAUCUUUGAAGAAGAAAAACUGCGAAAUCAGACCACUACAUUAUCAACAGUCACUUCACCUUCAACCACCACUACCACUUCAUCGACAUCCUCUCCUGUUCAAGCGACAAUCCGCAUGAAAAAUGAACACUAUGACGAAAGUGGUCCUGACAUGCAUCAUCGUAUUACGAACACGCACGUUAUGAUGAAAUUUGACUUCUUACCGAACGAAAUACUUAUACAAUGCUUCGCGUAUCUCAAUGCGCCGGAUAUAUUCCAUUGUUUUAAUAAUCUAAACUCUCGUUUGAACCAAUUGAUUCGCAAUAUUCCAUUGCAUCUCAGUUUUCAAUAUUUUAAUGCGGAAAUAUUCGAAAAAUUCUACGAAAUUCUCCUUCUGGAUUCGACAAUUCAAACUCAUAUUGUUUCAUUGGACUUGUCGAAUAGAAACGUCUGGUAUCAAAUACGAACCUUUCUAUCGGUGCUUCCUCUCGAGCAACUCUCUAAUCUUCAGACACUACAUCUGAGUAAAAUCGAGCAAGAUAACGAUGGUAAAGAAGUUUUACGUUUAACCAAGUUCUCUCACUCGCCUUUUUAUUACUUCACCAACUGGUCGGAAGAAUACAAUACAAUAUUCAUCUCAUUAUCGAUCGACACAAUUCACACGUUAUCAAUAUCAACGAUCCCAUCAAAUCUAGCUUUUAUUCUUCAAUUUCCUUCAAUUAUCAAUCUAAUUAUAUCAUAUUGUUCUUUGAAAGAUUUAUCUCGUUUCUUCACUCAUGUACCAAAAUUAGAAAAUCUGGAAGUUAACGUCGUUUUCAGAGAGGACGAUGAUGACGAAGACGAUGCAACAAUCAAACCAUUUGUCAUCGACGGAUCAGUUAUGCAUUUAAAACAAAUCCGAAUAAAUAUUUUCGAAGGUGAAUUUGACGAGUUAGAAGCCUUAUUGAACCAAAGUAAAAACCUACAGAGUUUAACAAUUUCAACGAUCGACAAUUUCGAAAUAAUCGAUGCUGAUCGCUGGCAGCAAUUGAUCACCUCUUCACUUCCGUGUUUGCGCAGAUUCAACUUCCGAUUUCUUGUUACCUAUACCGAUGAUGACAAUCUCACAGUUGAUGGCACAUUCGAACAAUUCCAAAGCGAUUUUUGGCGUCAUCAGCAUAAUUGGCGUAUCGUCUGCGAAUCAUAUGGCAAUCAAGCAUCGAUUUAUUCCAUGCCGUACGCAUUUACAAGAUAUACAUUACAAUCAACUUGUCGGAAAGCUGCGAAUCGAUAUGGAAAAGUGACUGAUUUAACAUUGUAUUUAGAACAAGUGGUUAACUUCGACGAACAUCAAUUUCCGAAUGUGCAGUCGAUCAAGUUCGAAAGUCUUUUCGAUGAACACAGUGAUGAAUAUUUAGGAAAACAUGUGCAAUAUCCGACACGAACAGCUCAUGUCGAUGUUUCGUCAUUGAAUGAAUACAAAGCACGGAAUAUCUUAUCACGAUUAGCAACAGGAACAUCGCAAUUAGUCUCGAUUAAAAUCCAUAGGAAUUUACUGGCUGUAUUGUUUGCCAACGAGGAAUUACGGGAAUUACUUAAGAAAAUCAUUAGAAAAUUGAACAUUGUUGGGAUACAUGGUACACAGUUGAUUAAAUAUCAUGAGUUAAAGAUAAUUUGUAAGAUGUUCACAAAUAUAGAAGAAUUUACAUGCGAUGUUCUCGAUACGACCAGCUUAUUUCAAAUCCUACUAGCGCUGUCAACAUUAUCAAACAUGAAGUUGUGUUGUUUGACAUCAUUUCCAUCUGUACGACGAUCGUUUUGGUUGAAAAACUAUGGCAGAAAGCUCAAGAAGUAUCCAUUUACCAUCAACUUUCUAUGCGGCCAUUCAUGCUACACCGAAAUCGGCAUUUAUUCUUCUGAUCAUGAAAAUAAUGAUGUUCUUGAGCGCAUCGAAGAUGAUCUGUUUUUGGUCAUACUAAGAAAAUCUUGA